AUGAGCACGAGCGCAAGACGUCUCGACCUAACUGCCUCUCGGCGACAGACACGAACCAACAACUCUUCUCCAUAUUCUCGCAACAAGGGUGCACCGAAACCUGACCAUACCACAGUGACUGCACCUGCACCUACUGAAGAGCGCGUUCCUCUCUCAAAGAAAUGGAGCCUCACUGGCCUACUAGGCUUUUUGAAUCCAUUUGCAUCACGGCCGGAGCCGAAAGCUACUGUGGCCUCCGACUCCGACGCUGCAAGAAACCUCGCGGAAAGAGGGAACCAACUGGCUAAUGGUGUAAUGGCGCGAACGCACGCAGACGAACAGGAAGCGAUGGAGACGCACAUUGAUCCUGCACCGACACCAGCACCAGAACCAGACCCAGAAAUAGCACCCGCCCCUGCCGCUACCCCUGCCCCUGCCCCUGCCCCUUCUGCCAACUCUGAAACCAUAUCGCCUGCGGACGCGCCAAUGGAUACGGAUGCUUCGAGUGUCCCACCCACAUUGCCACCCGCCGACGAACCACGCACUACGGCAGAAAAUUUGGCUACUGUCCAAGCUUUCCUGACUGAGAAGGGUGGCAAGCCGCUGAACGCAGUUGAACUUGCGGGAAUAGUCUCUUUACUGAACAACAGCGUGGAAGGUGCACAACCUGCCUCUGGACCGAAGCCCGAACCAUUCCGAUUCUCUGAGAGCCCCUCCUCCCCGGGACGAGGUGACACACCCAUACUUGACUUCACCAGCCCCGGCACCGCUCCAAGCGGACAAAAGGUACUGACGAAAAAUCCGAAUGGCAUGUAUCGAUUGCAAGGUGGCGGCACAGCCCGCCCACGCAACCGCUACCACUCGCCCGCGUUCGGCCCAUCUCGAUCAGCACCAACGAUGACGAUCACGCCUGAGAAGUUUAAGACAGACACGAAGCGGCGGCGUGUCGGCCAGGAUGCUGCAACGUCGUCACCUCAGCGCGUCCCAGUAUCCACAUCGAUGCCUCUCAAUGGCGCAGCAGGGCCGUCUGCGCCAUUUGCCAAUGGCGCAUCCAUCUCCACGUCCACAUCUGCAUCCGCCUAUCCGUUUGUUCAACCAAAUGGUACUGCACGCACCCGCCCUGCACCACGUCUAAACACUCCAGUGAAACCCACCACUCCCGCGCGGCCCUCUCCACUUCGCCAGACGUGGAACGGGUCACCCCCGUCUCCGCCCCAGCCGCGGCCCACCUCGAAACCGACACGCGCAGCAAGUUUCAUGACAGAGUUGAUCAAAGAGGUGACGCCGCCGAAGAAGCCCGAUCUGGUGAAUCCGUAUCAGGCUGCAAGCUUCACACCAAUGCGACCGCUUCCUCAGAAACAGCCGACCAGAAAAGCGAAGGCUGCUGCUACCGCUCCACCGUCCGCGGCGUCAACGUCAAACGCGAAGCCACCAUUAGAGAAAAAAGAAUCCCAAUUGAGUCAACAGGCUAUCAUUGAGGCUACUGUGCCCAAGGGCUAUAAGCGCUCGCGACCACCGCCCAACCUCAAGAGUGCCAAGUCACAAGCUUCUACUGUCACAUCAGCGUCCACUUUCACUGCUCCUAGUGAGAUGCGCCGACCCGAAGUUCUCGAAACUCAGUCAUCUAGAGGCGCUAACGGCGCCUCCCUUGCGAACGCUAAGCGCCCAUAUCAGACAGUCGUCGAGGAAGUCGAGGACGAAGAUGCACCCCCUUCACCUCCGAAGAAGCAGCGGACCAACGGGGCGUCCACGAACGGGCGUGCUGCCCCUCCGCCCGUUACGAUCGAGGAGGUCGACGAUGUCGACAUACCAACCGCGCAACGCCCAGGCCCGCCACCGAUAUUCAUGCACCCGUCGGAGGUCGUCGAACCUAGCAGCCGCAGUGCCUCCUCGAGCACUGCGAGUCCCAUGUAUGCGAGUGGCGCCGGCAGUAGUAGCGUGGGCGUAGGAUUACUACCCACAGCCGCGCGCUCGAUGUUCGGCAACAUCAAGUCGUCCGCACCGAAAGCGCCAUCGAAGCUCCGCUAUGUUAUCCAAGCAGAAAGGGAACAGGAGGUCGAGGAAGUGGAGAAGAUCACCCAGGACAAGGAGGAGCCGGGGAAUGCGGGUGUCGACCGUGUCCCACCGCCAGCACUUACCGCUCCCUCGUCCUCGUUCGGGGUAUCAGGGUUCUCCUCAUAUGCAACGCCUGGAUCAUCCUCGUUUGGGAAAUCCGGGCUCCCCUUGUCCGCCAAACCCGGGAACUCUGCCCUCGCAGCGGCUGGUUCGUCCCCGUUUGGGACGACUAGUUCCUCCUCGUUUGCAGCGCCCAGUUCUUCCUCAUUCGCAGGGCCCGGAACCUCCUCAUUUUCACCCCCCGUAGCUUCCUCAUCUACAGCUCCAGGACCUUUCUCAUUCGGGGCGCCUAAGCUCUCCUCGUUUAAAGUGCCUGAGUCCUCUCCGUUUGGAACGCGCAGUUCAUCCUCCUCUACAGCGCCCGCAUUCUCUCCGUUUCUGACACGUGAAGCGAGCUCCUUCGGCGCCCCGGCCUUCCCUUCGACGUCCGCCAUUUCUUCGUUCAAGCCUGUGAAGCCUAGCAUGGCGGUCGACGCUCGGAGCACGGCGAUGGAAGUCCACGAGUUUCCACCGUACACCUUUCCCGGCAGACAAGUAGGUCCCAGCUUAUCGAAACCGCUGGCUCGCAGACGGGCGAUGUCCGUUGAUGUCCCAUCCGCCCCCGCAUUCGAAUUCACAUCUCGCACCUCGCCUAAGGUCGAGCCGAUAGUUGGAUUUAACUGGACCGCAGCGGGCUUAAAACCCCCACCCAAGCCUGCGGCAGGAAGCUGGGCGUGCUCGCUGUGCAUGGUGAAUAAUACGGGCGGAGCGACGAAGUGUAUAGCGUGUGAUACGCCGCGUUAA